CUCCAACCUGGCAACUCUCUUCCACCCUGCUGUACAAUACAGCACCGCGUACCCAACUCCCAACCAAAUCCCCAAUCCCGAACGCCACCACCCGUCCCGUCCCCUUCCCGACCUCGCCGAGGAGCCUCCCCACCCCAAACCCUAGCCUCUCGCUCCCCCACCCCCCGGCAUGGAGGACGAAGACGCCGGCCCCGGCGGCGGGGGCGAGGCCUCCCCGCCGCACCACGCCGCGGCGUCGGGCGACCGGGCGCGGGACAUGGCGGCGUCCCCGACGAGCUCGCGGUCCGUGACGCAGACGGUGAACGGGUCGCAUCGGUUCGUGAUCCAGGGGUACUCGCUCGCCAAGGGCAUGGGCGUCGGGAAGCACAUCGCCAGCGAGACCUUCACGGUGGGCGGGUACCAGUGGGCGAUCUACUUCUACCCCGACGGGAAGAACCCCGAGGACAACUCCGCCUACGUCUCCGUCUUCAUCGCCCUCGCGUCCGAGGGCACCGACGUGCGCGCGCUCUUCGAGCUCACGCUCCUCGACCAGAGCGGCAAGGGCAAGCACAAGGUGCACUCCCACUUCGACCGCUCCCUCGAGUCGGGGCCAUACACCCUCAAGUACCGCGGAUCCAUGUGGGGCUAUAAAAGGUUCUUUCGGCGUACUGCUCUUGAGACAUCAGAUUUUCUUAAAGAUGAUUGCUUGAAGAUAAACUGUACUGUGGGUGUUGUAGUAUCAACUAUGGACUAUUCUAGACCACACUCGAUAGAGGUUCCAGAGUCUGACAUAGGCUAUCAUUUUGGAACGCUUUUGGACACUCAGGAAGGUGUAGAUGUUAUUUUUAGAGUAGCAGGAGAGGAGUUUCAUGCCCACAAGUUGGUAUUGGCUGCCCGAUCUUCCUUUUUUAGGUCUGAGUUUUUCGAUCAUGAAUCAGAUGAAGAAAAGAAUGAAGCUGAGACGAGGAAUGAAAUCAAAGAGAUUGUCAUUGAUGACAUGGAUCCUAAAGUGUUCAAGGCUGUGCUUCAUUUUAUGUACAGGGACAAUCUUGUUAAUGAUGAUGAGUUAUCCGCAUCAAGCUCUGACUGCUCUAUCUUUGAUACUUUAGCUGGGAAGUUAAUGGCUGCAGCAGACAAAUAUGAGUUGCCAAGGCUAAGAUUGUUGUGUGAGUCUUACUUGUGCAAGCAUAUUUCUGUAAACUCUGUGGCAACUACUCUAGCAUUGGCUGACCAGCACCAUGCUAUGGAGCUUAAAUCUGUUUGCCUUAAAUUUGCUGCUGAAAACCUUUCAGCUGUGAUCCGGACUGAGGGGUUCGAUUACCUCAAAGACAACUGCCCAUCGCUGCAGUCAGAGAUACUGCGAACAGUUGCCGGUUGCGAGGAGCAAUGCAGCAGCGGUGGGAAAAGCCAGAGUGUAUGGGCGCAGCUCUCUGACGGUGGCGAUACCAGCGGCCGCAGGGUGAGGCCGAGGGUCUGAGCUCUGAGGCAUCACCGGCUUACCGCCGUGAAACCAUGAUCAACUGACCUGUGUAAUCGAAGCUGCUGUAGUGUAAAUGUGGACAGGGCACCGUACAGCUAUUUGAUUUGUGACAACGCUUGAAAUAAUAUGAUUAGCAUCUUGCUUGUUGCCA